CAAGGCUCUCUUCCCCCAUUUUUAUUAAUUCUUUUGAAACCUUUAUUAUAUUUUUUGUAACAAACCCUUUGAUUAUUACACUCUGUGAAUUUGUUAUAAAAAAUGAUUGCCUUUUAAAUCCCUUUCCCCGUUUCGCUCUUCUCUUUUGAAUUUAGUCAAAUCCUUGUUAGUUUGUUAAAUUUGUUAAAUUUGUUAAACUUGUUAUAUUUGUUAAAUAUGUUAAAUAUGUCCUUCAAAAUGGUAUCUCGCCAUCUCGGUAAACCCUUCUUCUCCUACACUACAGACGAACCCUCCACUUGCAACAGAAAGAAAAAUUAAAACACAGACACACAGAAACAAAAAUGAAUUCUAAUCAACACCCAUAUCAACAACCUAUCACUCCACCCAGCCACACUCCAAUGUUGACCCCUCAAGACCUCCAUCAGGUAUUCUCUGAUUGGCUCAUUCCAUCUCAAGAUGUAUUACUCAAACAAGAAGAAAUUCAAGAUAUCCUGGGCUUAUUCUCUCCUCCUCUUACAGCAAGUCCAGUAUCUGAGAAUGAAUCUACGACGGCACCUUCCUGUGACCUGAUCUCCUUGUUCCCUGAAAUGGUCAAUACAAAUUUACCUCCUCCCAAGCCAGUUUCCGUUCAGCCUGCAAAGCGUCGCUUGGCUCCUAUUAUGCCCAAGACAUCAAACGUUGUGCCUAUUGCACCUCGUCCUGGUCAUUUUACUCCUGCUGCUCCUGUCAAAAGGAAGGUAACUCAAGAUUGUGAUGAAAUUGCUUUAAAAAGACAAAAGAAUACGGAUGCCGCUCGUCGUUCUCGACUUAAAAAGAUACUCAAGAUGGAAAACUUGGAAAAACAGGUCAAGGAAUUGGAGUGUGAAAAUUCCAGACUUACGACCCGUGUUGCCGUGCUAGAGUCUGAGAAGAGUGCACUUGCUUCGAAAGAAAAGAGUCUUGAAGAACGCAUACGUGUACUCGAAAGUCAGUUAUCCGAAGCUCAUCGAGCACUUACUUCGAUUCGAUCAUAAGAAUAUACAGUUUAUUA